CUUCGCCCUCCCCCUCCCUGUUUGACUAUGACCCUCCCCUAUCCCCCGAGAGCACCCCAGCCGCUCCUGCCUCGACCACUGUAUCUGGUGGUGCCGCAGGUGGCACCACCGGAUCCUCCUACGGCGGUCGUAAGACCCCGUACUCCAAACCUAAGGCGAAUAGCCCAUCUCCGAGCGAGGAAAAGGUCUCAGCACCUGCCCGAGCUCGGACUCUCUCGCGCCAUGGCUCUGUCGAGGGUACACCACCCCCGGCAAGCCUAGCGUAUGUACCGAGUAGCCUCCUCGAAGAGCGCGAACUCGAAAUACCCCGAAGCUGGGCCUCCCCUAUGCCGGAAGACCCCGGAGACCGCGGCAUGUCCGUAGACCCCGAACUCCACGCCCCGCCCCUCGACUUCAUAGCGAGGUGGCCGGAAGUAGCAACCACGUGGAAGUGGAAUGAGGAAGACGCGCUUGCGGCCGUGCGCAGAAACCUCUUCAACAUCCACGCGUUCCUUGAAUCGGGCCGGUCCCAGUUCAAGAAACACGUGUCCGACGUCACCUCCGAUGGGGCGGACCAAUCGGGUCAAUGGUGGCACCUCGCCUCCCAGGAACUCGCCAACGUCUACCGGACCUGGAUUGACAUUGCUCCAGCGUCUGCCCAAAUCUUGUACCCUCCCGGGUCCGAGGUCAUCGCCCAAGCUCUCUUCCAGGAGAGAGAGGAAAGCGCUGCGCUUCGCGCGCAGCUUAAUAAGCGAGACGAGUGGAGGAAACCGCUCGCCAAUGCCUUCAACCAGCUGUACGAAAGGGUACACGCUGACCACGACCUCAUAAGCAAGGGAGUCCUCGCCACGAGUGACGAACUUAAGCGUGAGGUAGAUGGCCUUAGGUCGACGUUGAAGGCGGUCUCUGGCCGCGUCGACAGUAUCGCAGCAGGUCCGGCUUCAUAUGCCGCGGCCACCGCUUCUUCCAAGGGCAAAGGGCGGGAGAGGGCUCCCUCUCCGCCGCAUGUCCACUUCGACGAGCAGAAGACGACGGAUCCCCGGAAACGGAAGGACCGCCCUCAGACGCCCUCUGACGCUAAGGCUGCCCAGGCAGCUGAUGCAGCCAAGGCUAAGCGCGCGCGCAGCCAAUCCCCUUCGACGGCGACUGCGUCUGGUGACACCAUGUCCCAGGCCAUAGUCCUCGACUCUUCGCAGGACUGGGCCCGUCUGGGUCAGGCUGCUUCAAUCGGAGGACUAGCUCCCUCCAUCGGUUUAGUGAACGCGCUCGCGAUUUCUAAAGGUCUGGAAGCUGCCGGGUACUCACGCCCUGGCGCUCCGCCUCCUCCUGGGCCCAUCGGGUCUUCUGCUCUUGUCGCUCGUCCCGGACAACCGGCGACAGGGACGCCCUCCUCCAAGAAGCCGGUUCCGCCUGCUCCUGCUAAGAAGCCCCCGCCGAUCCAUGUGAAACAGGGCAACCCGGUCGAGAACUCGCGCUCCGUGCUAGUGCGGAUUUUCCCCCACACCUUCACCGACAUUGACUGUUCGUUGGAGAUCCUCACGUCGUACAUCAACGACGCUUGCCGAAGUUCGGGUUCGAUGAUGCAGGCCGCCUCGUCUGUACUCAAGAAUUCGGGACGAGACGUCAUCGUCAAGUUCGCCGAAAGGCCGACUGAUGAGCUGUUCGCCGUCCUUCGCGAGAAGGUGACUGCGCUCCUUACCGCCCUCGCCGCUGAAAAGCGCCCGGGGGAUCUUUUUCAGGCGAACGUCGAGCACAUCCACGAGCUCACGUGCGUCAGUAUCAAGACGCUUGUCACUGCUCGGGCCGUCCCGGGUCAGAGGAAGCUCGCCGACGUCACCAUGGAAGAGUUCUGGCAUGAGCUCGUCCGGUGUGCGGAAAUCGACAAGAAUACGAAGGCGUUUUUGGACGUCGUCGUCCCCUUCUCCAACUCUCCUCGCGCUACCGUUGAGAGGCAAGGCAGUACUGGACAGCUUAAAUGCUUCGUCCGGGACUAUCACAGCGGGGCUAUUGCCCACAAGCUGGCUUCCAGAGACGUGCUCCUCUUCGGGACGCGUCAUAAUGUCCAGGUCUACAACGCGCGCAACGCGAUGAAACCCUGCACCAAGUGCUGGCGAUGGGGUCACGGUAGUGACCGAUGCACGCAACAGAAGCUUUGCUGCCCCCUGUGCGGCGAGCAUCACACCGAGGAAGCGCACGCGGCGGAGGCCUCGUGCUGCACCGAAGCGCGGUUCUGGACGGAUGACCUCCCGGUUUGUCCCUCUGACCACCACUACUGCCCGAACUGCCUCCGGGCAGGCCACGGCCCAGCCAACCGGACCAGUUGCACGGUCUGGAAGCACAAUAACGACAAAGCCUUGGUCUCACGUAAGAUUGAGGCGGCGGAGUCACCUAGGCAGCAGGACGACCGAGUGAAGAAGGAAGUCCAGAA